AUGGGAACACAUUUCGUGAUUUUAAUUUCAAUAGGAAGCAUCUUUGUUUUCGCCCAGAGCUCCCUAGGUAGUCCGCAAGGAAGAAUCCAGAACGGUAUAGAAGUGGAUACUCUGAGACGAUUCCCACAUUACGUGACUAUCGUUUCGGAAACACCUACCGGGAAAAAUUACUGUGGGGGAUCAAUUAUCUCUGAACUAUGGAUCCUUACUGCUGCUCGUUGUGUUUCCGCUGAAGAAUUCAGUGUCCAUUUUCUUUUGAGGAAUAUAUCCAACACCAGAAAUUCCUUCUCUAUAACUUUGGAUCAAUCAUCGGUUACAGCGUAUCCUACCGGCUUUGAUAAUAUCGCAUUGGUAGAACUGCCAGUUUUCCUAAAGUUCUCAGAUAAACUGGCGCCGAUUUCAUACUUUGGAGGCGAUAUAGAAUAUGCCAAGCCCAAUAAUGGAUUCGUGGUUAUGCCAGGAUUCAGUCUGCAAGAAACCAAAGUUUUAACAUAUGGAAUGUUCAAAUUGGUAUCUUCAAGGCAGUGCAGGGCAACCUACGGUCAACUAUUUGAUGAAUAUCUGCAAAUUUGCACUUUUGGCUGGAAUAAUAACAAUCAAAUGCCUUGUGAAGGUAAUGAAGGGAGUGGAUUAAUUAUUGGAUGGCCCCAGGAACCACGCUUAAUCGGGAUCUUCAGUUCGCCUCUGAAGUGUGGCUCUGAUAUGCCUGCAGUUUACGUGAAGUUGCUGCAAUAUGAGAAAUGGAUCGACCAGACUAUUGGAGGUAGACUGACAACUACCUGGCCCACAACCCCCACUGUACCCACAACAUCACCAAUAACAACAACACCAUCUUCACCACCGUCAACAACAUCGUCACAACCACCACCAACAACACCAACGCAAACAACAUCAACAGCAUCACCGCCGACAACAUCACCACCACCUCCACCAACAACGCCAUCAUCCCCGCCAACAACACUAUCACCAACAACUACACCACCUCCAUCAUCAAUAUCAUUACCCCCACUGACAACACCGUCACCAUGA